ACCAACGACUAAGUAUAAACGUAACAAACAUUGAUACAAAGAAUUACAAACGGUCGAAACGGAAACUGCAGAUUAGAGAGAACAAGGAAAUAGAAAAAUCGUUUAGUCCAUAUAUUUCCAGUUUGACUAGCUCGAUUAUGAGAGACGAACUUAAAUCGCAACCUUGAUGGCAUUGACAUUGAGCACAACCAUUUUCAUACGGCUGCAGGUUCUUUUGUAGUGAGUCAUGACACAUCCACUACAUCCUUUUCAUACCGGUAGAGUUGAAACAGAUGCUGUUGUCGUUGGAGCGGCUGCGGUGACAAGUAAUUUGUGCAGCUAUUGUGGAGCUGAAACGAUAAAGAAUUCGCGCACAGCAUUUCAGUGUCAUCCAUGUGAUUUUAAGUUAUGCUCUACUUGCGCCCAAACAGAAGGCUAUGCUCAUCCUGCUCAUGUCUCGCACUAUUUAUGUUGGGUGAAUAUUGUAGACGAAAUAUGGAAGUGCAAUGGAUGUAACAAUUCAUCUCGAGAGUUAAAGGAUACCAGUUGCUAUUUCUGUAGCUCCUGCAAGUUUUACCUUUGCCGAAAGUGCUUUGAACCAAAACGAUAUCCACUCCAUCAGCACGAAUUGAUGAAAACUGACGUAAGGUGUGUUUAUCAUCGAAGUAGCGGUGCCUGGGUUUGCGACUGUUGUGGUGGAAGUAAUGGCAGGGGCCACUACCUGCCAAGACAUUGUAAUCUUUGCAAAUAUGAUUUGUGUGAAAAGUGCAGCCAGCCCCAUCGCAGUACUCUACAUCUGCACGAUCUUUACAAAGCAGAUACGGAGUUGAUUUAUCACAAAUUCGCAGGUGGAUGGCGGUGUGACAGCUGUGAAAGUCUUUUUCGUCCUUCCGGAAAUAAAUACCCGUACCAUUGCGAGAUAUGUGAAUUUGAUUUGUGUGACAAUUGCAUGAUGAUUAGCGAUUCAAAAGUUCCUCGACGUUCAACUAACAUGAAUCAAAGAGGAAUGGGAACAACUGCAGCAGGAUUUCCCCUAGCGUCACCUGAAGAGGAAUUGAAUAAAGUGAGGGGUCCAGCCCCCGCUCCGCUCUCAGAGGACACUUCAUGUAUCAUAUGUAUGACUGAACCGAAAAACGCCACAAUAAUUCAUGGCGCGACAGGCCACGUUUGUUGUUGCCUUGGCUGCGCUAAGAAACUGGAAAGAAGAGGAGAUCCAUGCCCCAUAUGUAGGGAGCCAAUUCAGUUGGUCAUAAAACAAUUUCUUGUCUAAACUACCUUCAGAAAUAUUUUGAUCAUUCAUUAUAUGGGUAUGAUCGAGGAAACAUGUAAUUUUUCUAAGAAAUGCAACAAUACAACUGCUUCACUUAGAUACAACUUCACAUUUCACAAAAAUUCAAGUGCUUUACUAAGAAACCAUAUUGGUAAGACCGUAUGGAAAGAGUCCAUAACAAAAUAUAUGAUGAUGUAAUAUUUAGUAUCACUAUAUAGUAUCUAAAGAUAUAAGUGUACGAUUUUGUAUAGACUGGUUUAGUUCGUAUUAAUAAAAAA